CGGGGCGGCAGCCGGCAGAGGAAAGGCGCUGCAGUCUCCGGGCCUCGCGGCCCCGGUCGAGCUUCCUCAGCACCGAGGGCUUGCGGGUCCUGAGGGGAGGACACGAGCCCGGAGCCGGGCACUGAGCUCUUGGGCGCCCCCAACCCAGUUUUCAGAACCCUCCACGCUGCGGCCGCUGUCCCCUCCGGACCAUGGCCGACGACGACGUGCUGUUCGAGGAUGUGUACGAGCUGUGCGAGGUGAUCGGCAAGGGUCCCUUCAGUGUUGUACGACGAUGCAUCAACAGAGAAACUGGACAACAAUUUGCUGUAAAAAUUGUUGACGUAGCCAAGUUCACAUCAAGUCCAGGGUUAAGUACAGAAGAUCUAAAGCGGGAAGCCAGUAUCUGUCAUAUGCUGAAGCAUCCACACAUUGUAGAGCUGUUGGAGACAUAUAGCUCAGAUGGGAUGCUUUACAUGGUUUUUGAAUUUAUGGAUGGAGCAGAUCUGUGUUUUGAAAUUGUAAAGCGAGCUGAUGCUGGUUUUGUAUACAGUGAAGCUGUAGCCAGCCACUACAUGAGACAGAUACUGGAAGCUCUACGCUACUGUCAUGAUAAUAACAUAAUUCACAGGGAUGUGAAGCCCCACUGUGUUCUCCUCGCCUCAAAAGAAAAUUCUGCACCUGUUAAGCUUGGGGGCUUUGGGGUAGCCAUUCAGUUAGGAGAAUCUGGACUUGUUGCUGGAGGACGCGUUGGAACACCUCACUUUAUGGCCCCAGAAGUGGUCAAGAGAGAGCCUUAUGGAAAGCCUGUGGAUGUCUGGGGCUGCGGUGUGAUUCUUUUCAUCCUGCUCAGCGGCUGUUUGCCUUUCUACGGAACCAAGGAAAGAUUGUUUGAAGGCAUUAUUAAGGGAAAAUAUAAGAUGAAUCCAAGGCAGUGGAGCCAUAUCUCUGAAAGUGCCAAAGACCUAGUGCGCCGCAUGCUGAUGCUGGAUCCUGCUGAAAGGAUCACUGUUUAUGAAGCACUGAAUCACCCAUGGCUUAAGGAGCGGGAUCGUUAUGCCUACAAAAUUCAUCUUCCAGAAACAGUAGAACAACUGAGGAAAUUCAAUGCAAGGAGAAAACUAAAGGGUGCAGUACUAGCGGCUGUGUCAAGUCACAAAUUCAAUUCCUUCUACGGGGACCCUCCUGAAGAGUUGCCAGAUUUCUCCGAAGACCCUACCUCCUCAGGACUUCUAGCAGCAGAAAGAGCCGUCUCUCAGGUGCUGGACAGCCUGGAAGAGAUUCACGCACUUACAGACUGCAGUGAAAAGGACCUAGAUUUUCUACACAGUGUUUUCCAGGAUCAGCAUCUUCACACACUGCUGGAUCUGUAUGACAAAAUUAACACAAAGUCUUCGCCACAAAUCAGGAAUCCUCCAAGCGAUGCAGUACAGAGAGCCAAAGAGGUAUUGGAAGAAAUUUCAUGUUACCCUGAGAAUAAUGACGCGAAGGAACUAAAGCGUAUUUUAACACAACCUCAUUUCAUGGCCUUACUUCAGACUCACGACGUGGUGGCGCAUGAAGUUUACAGUGAUGAAGCAUUAAGGGUCACACCUCCGCCGACUUCCCCGUAUUUAAACGGCGAUUCUCCAGAAAGUGCAAAUGGAGACAUGGACAUGGAGAAUGUGACCAGAGUUCGCCUGGUACAGUUUCAAAAGAACACAGAUGAGCCAAUGGGAAUCACUUUGAAAAUGAAUGAGCUCAAUCAUUGUAUUGUUGCAAGAAUCAUGCAUGGCGGGAUGAUUCACAGGCAAGGUACACUUCAUGUUGGUGAUGAACUGAAAAUCAAUGGCAUCAGUGUCGCUUAACUGUAAACAGUGAACAGCUACAAAAAUGCUUGUAAGGAAAUGCGAGGGAGUAUUACCUUCAAGAUUGUGCCAAGCUACCGCACUCAGUCUUCGUCCUGUGAGAGAGAUUCCCCCUCCACUUCCAGACAGUCCCCUGCUAAUGGUCAUAGCAGCACUAACAAUUCUGUUUCGGACUUGCCAUCAACCACCCAACCAAAAGGACGACAGAUCUAUGUAAGAGCACAAUUUGAAUAUGAUCCAGCCAAGGAUGACCUCAUCCCCUGCAAAGAAGCUGGCAUCCGGUUCCGAGUUGGUGACAUCAUCCAGAUUAUUAGUAAGGAUGACCACAACUGGUGGCAGGGUAAACUGGAAAACUCCAAAAACGGAACUGCAGGUCUCAUUCCUUCUCCUGAACUUCAGGAAUGGCGAGUAGCUUGCAUUGCCAUGGAGAAGACCAAACAAGAGCAGCAGGCCAGCUGUACUUGGUUUGGCAAGAAAAAGAAGCAGUACAAAGAUAAAUAUUUGGCAAAGCACAAUGCAGUGUUUGAUCAAUUAGAUCUUGUCACAUAUGAAGAAGUAGUGAAACUGCCAGCAUUCAAAAGGAAAACAUUAGUCUUAUUAGGUGCACAUGGUGUUGGGAGAAGACACAUCAAAAACACCCUCAUCACAAAGCACCCGGACCGGUUCGCAUACCCCAUCCCACAUACAACCAGACCUCCAAAGAAAGAUGAAGAAAAUGGCAAGAAUUACUACUUUGUAUCUCAUGACCAAAUGAUGCAAGACAUCUCAAAUAAUGAAUACUUGGAGUACGGCAGCCAUGAGGAUGCAAUGUAUGGGACAAAACUGGAGACCAUUCGGAAAAUCCAUGAGCAGGGGCUGAUUGCGAUUCUGGACGUGGAGCCUCAGGCAUUGAAGGUCCUAACUGCAGAGUUCGCUCCUUUUGUUGUCUUCAUUGCGGCGCCAACUAUCACCCCAGGUUUAAAUGAGGAUGAAUCUCUUCAGCGCCUGCAGAAGGAGUCCGAUGUCUUGCAGAGAACAUAUGCACACUACUUCGAUCUCACAAUUAUCAACAAUGAAAUUGAUGAGACAAUCAGACAUCUGGAGGAAGCCGUCGAGCUUGUGUGCACAGCCCCACAGUGGGUCCCGGUCUCCUGGGUCUAUUAGGCUUCUCUGUGGCUAUCUGAGUAUAAAACCGGGAGCCACUUCCUAUGUGGAAAAGCCUCUUUGUUAUCGGCCUUGUGUCAGCAGGUCGUGGUCCCUAGAGACUACCUAGUUGUAGUGUGACCUACAUUUAUAAUUAUUGUCAUGUCCGAAUAGAUAGGAGGAGAAAAUCAAUUACACACUAAUUUAAAGAGACAGUAUCUUUUUUAAUCAGUUCUCCUAAACUUUAAUAAAAUGUAUCUUUAAAUGUAUGUAUUAUUCAAUCCUUUGGAAUGUUAUAUUUUUGGAAAUCAUAGCUUUUUAUUUCCAAGGCCCCUAAAAACUGCACAAAAUAGAUGCUGCUUUCUAUAAUCUAUUUUAAUAAUAAUAAACAUGAUUCUGUUACCUUGACUGGGGGUGGAACACUACAUUCUUUUUAGAGUCUGAUUUUAUGGAUUGGAAUACCUUUCUUUCCUUUAUUUAUUUGAAAUGAUUAGUCUAGUGAUUACAAAACAGUCAUAAAUUUUUAAAGGCCUUUUUUCUCUCUCUUUUUUUUAAGUCCUUUAUGUAACAUCCAGAUACUGUGAUACUGUCUCUUUGAAGCACCCUGUAAACCUUUUAGAGAUUUGAAGUUGGGUCUUGACUCUUAAUGCAUGUGGACAGUCGCGAGCGUUUAUGCUGUCGGUGUGUCUGUGUUGGACAAAACAAUCUGUAAUUACAGCGAAGUACAUUCCGUUCACGGGGCAUACCCAGGGGAGUAAGAAUAAAUUGCUAUUAUGACUAAGUUGUAAACCUAUGCACAUCCCUUGCAUUUCGGGCAACUUUAUAAAACAGAAAAAAAAGAUUUUUAUUAAUAAUAAUCAUGUAGUGAAAUGUGUUUGUAAUUUUGUCUCAAUUUAAUUUGUUGUAAGGUGGGAGGGGGUAUUGCUGGUUUCGCCAUUUCAGAUCUGUGUUGUCUAAGAGUAUUAACGUUUUAAUUAAGCAAAGAAAUGCGGAUUUUUAAUCUGUAUGUAAUUGUUUUAAGCACCCAUUUAAAGAGAAUAUACUGUGCAAUGAAGAAACCAGUUUAGGCAUUUGCUACAAACUGAAUUAUUCCAAAAGAAUAAUCUAUAACCGCCCUGUAAAUUCCUUUAAAAUGAUAACUAACAGGACAGUCUGACCAUUUUUUAAAAUAUACUUCAUUGUAUGUGUUCAAUAAUUAAA